UCAACUGUUGUUGUCCACCUGGUAACUAAUGACGCGACCGCCUUUCUGAACUCCCAUUGGUCGAGCGGGUCCGCCUCCUCCCUCCCCUCGAGUCCCGCCGGUUCAGAACUUCAGGAGACCAGACGACCAUCCUCCACACUCAGCAUGGGGGCGUUGGGACUGCUGCUGCUGCUGGGGCUCCUCUCCGGGGGGUCUGCAGUGAUUCACUCUCUGAGGUAUUUCGUCACGGCGUCGUCUGGCCUCUCAUCCUUCCCAGAGUUUGUGGCUGUUGGGAUGGUGGAUGAGGUUCAAUUUGGUCACUAUGACAGCGUCAGUGAGAGAGCCGUACCCAAACAGGCCUGGAUGGACCAGGUCACCAGAGACCGUCCAGACUACUGGGAGAGGGAGACUUAUAGAGGGCUGGGUUACCAGCAGGUCUCCAAGUUCAACGUAGAGAUUGCUAAGAAGCGCUUCAACCAGACGGGAGGUGCCCACAUUGUUCAGCUGAUGUCAGGCUGUGAGUGGGAUGAUGAGGAUGAUUCUACUGAUAGUCAUCACCAGUAUGCCUACGAUGGAGAGGACUUCCUAGCAUUUGACCUGAAGACCCUGACCUGGGUCGCUCCAGUACGUCAGGCUGUCCCCACCAAACUGAGAUGGGAUCAGGAUAGAGCUGAAAAUCAAUACAAUAAGCACUACUACACCAAGGUCUGUGUUGAUUUGCUGAAGAAGUUCCUGGCCUAUGGGAAGAGCACUCUGCAGAGAACAGAGCGUCCGCGGGUGUCUCUGCUCCAGAGGAGCCCCUCCUCCCCAGUGGUGUGCCAUGCUACAGGCUUCUACCCUGACAGGGUGGUGGUGUUCUGGAGGAGAGACGGCCAGGAGCUCCAUGAGCAGGUGGACCCCGGGGAGGUCCUCCCCAACCACGACGGGACCUUCCAGGUCAGCGUGGACCUGAACCUCACGGCCGUCCCACAGGAGGACUGGGGGAGGUACGAGUGUGUGGUCCAGCUGAAAGGCAUCGAGGACAUCUCCACCCCCCUGGACCCCGCCCUCAUCAGGACCAACUGGGGGAAGACUGGGAGGGACGGAGUGAUUCACUCUCUGAGGUAUUUCGUCACGGCGUCGUCUGGCCUCUCAUCCUUCCCAGAGUUUGUGGCUGUUGGGAUGGUGGAUGGGGUUCAGUUUGUUCACUAUGACAGCGUCAGUAAGAGAGCCGUACCCAAACAGGCCUGGAUGGACCAGGUCACCAGAGACAACCCAGACUACUGGGAGAGGGAGACUGGAAGAUAUCAGGUUGAACAGCAGGUCUUCAAGGGCAUCAUAGAGACUGCUAAGAAGCGCUUCAACCAGACGGGAGGUGCCCACAUUGUUCAGGUGAUGUCUGGCUGUGAGUGGAAUGAUGAGGAUGAUACUACUGAUGGUUAUUACCAGUUUGCCUACGAUGGAGAGGACUUCAUAGCGUUUGACCUGAAGACCCUGACCUGGGUCGCUCUAGUACGUCAGGCUGUCCCCACCAAACUGAUAUUGGAUCAGGAUAGAGCUGGUAAUCAAUACAGGAAGAACUACUACACCAAGGAGUGUGUUGAUUGGCUGAAGAUGUACCUGGCCUAUGGGAAGAGCACUCUGCAGAGAACAGAGCGUCCGCGGGUGUCUCUGCUCCAGAGGAGCCCCUCCUCCCCAGUGGUGUGCCAUGCUACAGGCUUCUACCCUGACAGGGUGGUGGUGUUCUGGAGGAGAGACGGCCAGGAGCUCCAUGAGCAGGUGGACCCCGGGGAGGUCCUCCCCAACCACGACGGGACCUUCCAGGUCAGCGUGGACCUGGACCUCACGGCCGUCCCACAGGAGGACUGGGGGAGGUACGAGUGUGUGGUCCAGCUGAAAGGCAUCGAGGACAUCCCCACCCCCCUGGACCCCGCCCUCAUCAGGACCAACUGGGGGAAGACUGGGAGGGACGGAGUGAUUCACUCUCUGAGGUAUUUCCACACGGCGUCGUCUGGCCUCUCAUCCUUCCCAGAGUUUGUGUCUGUUGGGAUGGUGGAUGGGGUUCAGUUUGUUCACUAUGACAGCGUCAUUGAGAGAGCCGUACCCAAACAGGCCUGGAUGGACCGGGUCAGCAAAGAGGACCCAGACUACUGGGAGAGGGAGACUGGAAGAUAUCAGGUUGAACAGCAGGUCUUCAAGGGCAUCAUAGAGACUGCUAAGAAGCGCUUCAACCAGACGGGAGGUGCCCACAUUGUUCAGGUGAUGUCUGGCUGUGAGUGGGAUGAUGAGGAUGAUACUACUGAUGGUCAUGAACAGUAUGCCUAUGAUGGAGAGGACUUCCUAGCGUUUGACCUGAAGACCCUGACCUGGGUCGCUCCAGUACGUCAGGCUGUCCCCACCAAACUGAUAUGGGAUCAGAAUAGAACUGAUAAUCAAUACAGGAAGAACUACUACACCAAGGAGUGUGUUGAUUGGCUGAAGAAGUACCUGGCCUAUGGGAAGAGCACUCUGCAAAGAACAGAGCGUCCGCGGGUGUCUCUGCUCCAGAGGACCCCCUCCUCCCCAGUGGUGUGCCAUGCUACAGGCUUCUACCCUGACAGGGUGGUGGUGUUCUGGAGGAGAGACGGCCAGGAGCUCCAUGAGCAGGUGGACCCCGGGGAGGUCCUCCCCAACCACGACGGGACCUUCCAGGUCAGCGUGGACCUGGACCUCACGGCCGUCCCACAGGAGGACUGGGGGAGGUACGAGUGUGUGGUCCAGCUGAAAGGCAUCGAGGACAUCUCCACCCCCCUGGACCCCGCCCUCAUCAGGACCAACUGGGGGAAGACUGGGAGGGACGGAGUGAUUCACUCUCUGAGGUAUUUCCACACGGGGUCGUCUGGCCUCUCAUCCUUCCCAGAGUUUGUGGCUGUUGGGAUGGUGGAUGAGGUUCAGUUUGUUCACUAUGACAGCGUCAGUAAGAGAGCCGUACCCAAACAGGCCUGGAUGGACCAGGUCACCAGAGACGACACAGACUACUGGGAGAGGGAGACUGGAAGAUAUCAGGUUGAACAGCAGGUCUUCAAGGGCAUCAUAGAGACUGCUAAGAAGCGCUUCAACCAGACGGGAGGUGCCCACAUUGUUCAGAGGAUGUCUGGCUGUGAGUGGGAUGAUGAGGAUGAUACUACUGAUGGUCAUCUCCAGUAUGCCUACGAUGGAGAGGACUUCCUAGCGUUUGACCUGAAGACCCUGACCUGGGUCGCUCCAGUACGUCAGGCUGUCCCCUCCAAACUGAGAUGGGAUCAGAAUAGAGCUGGUAAUCAAUACAGGAAGAACUACUACACCAAGGAGUGUGUUGAUUGGCUGAAGAAGCACCUGGCCUAUGGGAAGAGCACUCUGCAGAGAACAGAGCGUCCGGGGGUGUCUCUGCUCCAGAGGAGCCCCUCCUCCCCAGUGGUGUGCCAUGCUACAGGCUUCUACCCUGACAGGGUGGUGGUGUUCUGGAGGAGAGACGGCCAGGAGCUCCAUGAGCAGGUGGACCCCGGGGAGGUCCUCCCCAACCACGACGGGACCUUCCAGGUCAGCGUGGACCUGGACCUCACGGCCGUCCCACAGGAGGACUGGGGGAGGUACGAGUGUGUGGUCCAGCUGAAAGGCAUCGAGGACAUCUCCACCCCCCUGGACCCCGCCCUCAUCAGGACCAACUGGGGGAAGACUGGGAGGGACGGAGUGAUUCACUCUCUGAGGUAUUUCGACACGGGGUCGUCUGGCCUCUCGUCCUUCCCAGAGUUUGUGUCUGUUGGGAUGGUGGAUGAGGUUCAGUUUGUUCACUAUGACAGCGUCCGUGAGAGAGCCGUACCCAAACAGGCCUGGAUGGAACAGGUCACCAGGGACGACACAGACUACUGGGAGAGGGCUGCUAAUAGAGGGCUGGGUAAACAGCAGGUCUUCAAGGGCAUCAUAGAGACUGUUAAGAAGCGCUUCAACCAGACGGGAGGUGCCCACAUUGUUCAGGUGAUGUCUGGCUGUGAGUGGGAUGAUGAGGAUGAUACUACUGAUGGUCAUGAACAGUAUGCCUACGAUGGAGAGGACUUCAUAGCGUUUGACCUGAAGACCCUGACCUGGGUCGCUCUAGUACGUCAGGCUGUCCCCACCAAACUGAGAUGGGAUCAGGAUAGAGCUGGUAAUCAAUACAAGAAGAACUACUACACCAAGGAGUGUGUUGAUUGGCUGAAGAUGUACCUGGCCUAUGGGAAGAGCACUCUGCAGAGAACAGAGCGUCCGCGGGUGUCUCUGCUCCAGAGGAGCCCCUCCUCCCCAGUGGUGUGCCAUGCUACAGGCUUCUACCCUGACAGGGUGGUGGUGUUCUGGAGGAGAGACGGCCAGGAGCUCCAUGAGCAGGUGGACCCCGGGGAGGUCCUCCCCAACCACGACGGGACCUUCCAGGUCAGCGUGGACCUGGACCUCACGGCCGUCCCACAGGAGGACUGGGGGAGGUACGAGUGUGUGGUCCAGCUGAAAGGCAUCGAGGACAUCCCCACCCCCCUGGACCCCGCCCUCAUCAGGACCAACUGGGUGAUUCACUCUCUGAGGUAUUUCCAUACGGCGUCGUCUGGCCUCUCAUCCUUCCCAGAGUUUGUGUCUGUUGGGAUGGUGGAUGGGGUUCAGUUUGUUCACUAUGACAGCGUCAGUGAGAGAGCCGUACCCAAACAGGCCUGGAUGGACCGGGUCAGCACAGACAACCCAGACUACUGGGAGAGGGAGACUGGAAGAUAUCAGGUUGAACAGCAGGUCUUCAAGGGCAUCAUAGAGACUGCUAAGAAGCGCUUCAACCAGACGGGAGGUGCCCACAUUGUUCAGGUGAUGUCUGGCUGUGAGUGGGAUGAUGAGGAUGAUACUACUGAUGGUUAUCACCAGUAUGCCUACGAUGGAGAGGACUUCCUAGCGUUUGACCUGAAGACCCUGACCUGGGUCGCUCUAGUACGUCAGGCUGUCCCCACCAAACUGAUAUUGGAUCAGGAUAGAGCUGGUAAUCAAUACAGGAAGAACUACUACACCAAGGAGUGUGUUGAUUGGCUGAAGAUGUACCUGGCCUAUGGGAAGAGCACUCUGCAGAGAACAGAGCGUCCGCGGGUGUCUCUGCUCCAGAGGAGCCCCUCCUCCCCAGUGGUGUGCCAUGCUACAGGCUUCUACCCUGACAGGGUGGUGGUGUUCUGGAGGAGAGACGGCCAGGAGCUCCAUGAGCAGGUGGACCCCGGGGAGGUCCUCCCCAACCACGACGGGACCUUCCAGGUCAGCGUGGACCUGUACCUCACGGCCGUCCCACAGGAGGACUGGGGGAGGUACGAGUGUGUGGUCCAGCUGAAAGGCAUCGAGGACAUCCCCACCCCCCUGGACCCCGCCCUCAUCAGGACCAACUGGGGGAAGACUGGGAGGGACGGAGUGAUUCACUCUCUGAGGUAUUUCCACACGGCGUCGUCUGGCCUCUCAUCCUUCCCAGAGUUUGUGGCUGUUGGGAUGGUGGACGAGGUUCAGUUUGUUCACUAUGACAGCGUCCGUGAGAGAGCCGUACCCAAACAGGCCUGGAUGGAACAGGUCACCAGAGACGACACAGACUACUGGGAGAGGGAGACUGGAAGAUAUCAGGUUGAACAGCAGGUCUUCAAGGGCAUCAUAGAGACUGCUAAGAAGCGCUUCAACCAGACGGGAGGUGCCCACAUUGUUCAGAGGAUGUCUGGCUGUGAGUGGGAUGAUGAGGAUGAUACUACUGAUGGUUAUUACCAGUAUGCCUACGAUGGAGAGGACUUCCUAGCGUUUGACCUGAAGACCCUGACCUGGGUCGCUCCAGUACGUCAGGCUGUCCCCACCAAACUGAGAUGGGAUCAGAAUAGAGCUGGUAAUCAAUACAGGAAGAACUACUACACCAAGGAGUGUGUUGAUUGGCUGAAGAAGCACCUGGCCUAUGGGAAGAGCACUCUGCAGAGAACAGAGCGUCCGCGGGUGUCUCUGCUCCAGAGGACCCCCUCCUCCCCAGUGGUGUGCCAUGCUACAGGCUUCUACCCUGACAGGGUGGUGGUGUUCUGGAGGAGAGACGGCCAGGAGCUCCAUGAGCAGGUGGACCCCGGGGAGGUCCUCCCCAACCACGACGGGACCUUCCAGGUCAGCGUGGACCUGGACCUCACGGCCGUCCCACAGGAGGACUGGGGGAGGUACGAGUGUGUGGUCCAGCUGAAAGGCAUCGAGGACAUCUCCACCCCCCUGGACCCCGCCCUCAUCAGGACCAACUGGGGGAAGACUGGGAGGGACGGAGUGAUUCACUCUCUGAGGUAUUUCGUCACGGCGUCGUCUGGCCUCUCGUCCUUCCCAGAGUUUGUGUCUGUUGGGAUGGUGGAUGAGGUUCAGUUUGUUCACUAUGACAGCGUCAGUGAGAGAGCCGUAGCCAAACAGGCCUGGAUGGACCAGCUCACCAGAGACCACCCAGACUACUGGGAGGAGGAGACUGGAAGAUAUCAGGGUCAACAGCAGGUCUUCAAGGGCAACGUAGAGACGGCUAAGAAGCGCUUCAACCAGACGGGAGGUGCCCACGUGUUUCAGAUGAUGUCUGGCUGUGAGUGGAAUGAUGAGGAUGAUACUACUGAUGAUUAUCACCAGUAUGCCUACGAUGGAGAGGACUUCCUAGCGUUUGACCUGAAGACCCUGACCUGGGUCGCUCCAGUACGUCAGGCUGUCUCCACCAAACUGAGAUGGGAUCAGGAUAGAGCUAUGAAUCAAUACUGGAAGAACAACUACACCAUGGAGUGUGUUGAUUGGCUGAAGAAGUACCUGGCCUACGGGAAGAGCACUCUGCAGAGAACAGAGCGUCCGCGGGUGUCUCUGCUCCAGAGGACCCCCUCCUCCCCAGUGGUGUGCCAUGCUACAGGCUUCUACCCUGACAGGGUGGUGGUGUUCUGGAGGAGAGACGGCCAGGAGCUCCAUGAGCAGGUGGACCCCGGGGAGGUCCUCCCCAACCACGACGGGACCUUCCAGGUCAGCGUGGACCUGGACCUCACGGCCGUCCCACAGGAGGACUGGGGGAGGUACGAGUGUGUGGUCCAGCUGAAAGGCAUCGAGGACAUCCCCACCCCCCUGGACCCCGCCCUCAUCAGGACCAACGGGGGUCUCCCGGGGCCCUUCCUCGUCCCUGGCUCUGUGGCGGGGGCCCUCCUCCUGGUUGGAGCUCUGGUCCUGGCGGGAGUCUGUUGGUACAGGAAGAGGAACGGUUCAGCCAAACGUCCAGCAGCUGGUUCUGACACCAGCUCUGAGAACCCUGAGGGACAGAAACGUCUUCUGGCCCCGACCCCUGACCCCAAGGUGGAGCAGGGUGAAGAGACAACAGCGUCACCAGCGUCAUAACACCUAAACUGCCAACACACAAAAUGGAGUCCAGUGAAGUAUGAGCUGUAAUGGUGCUGGGAGAUUCCAGAGACACGACAGCCUCACCGCCCACGGUGUCCAGGGUUACGCACAAACUUAAAUUCUUAAAUCAUCAAGUGUGUGUGUGUGUGUGUGUGUGUGUGUGUGUGUGUGUGUGUGUGUGUGUGUGUGUGUGUGUGUGUGUGUGUGUGUGUGUGUUUUGUCCAUCAGCAUGAGACAUCUGAUAUCAGAACGCAGUAGUCUCUCUGACUUUCACUUUCCUUUGACUCCUCUUGCACAAAACAAACAUACCCUC